GCUCGGGAGCGCUCCGGGUCGCACCAUGCCAGGUCCUCGGAUGGUGCCGCCCGGAGCCCCCAGGCCAGUGCCCUCGUCCACCCGGGGGGCGGACCUACGCGCCGGGUAGCGCGGCAGCCCGGCGGGGCUCACCUGUUACUCGGCAGCUGCCCCGCGCACCCACGGAGUCCCCGGACCGCCGUUGGCCUCUGCCGCAGACAUGGACAAACUCAGGCUGCGCAGCCCCUGGGUGCCCUCCUGCCUCGGGCAGUCCUGCACACUGCAGGGCCGACGGACCAGGUCCUCGCCCUCGCUCUGGGACAGCGUGUUGCAGGAGCAGAAGAGCGAGCUGCGCAAGCGGCUGUCCUACACCACGCACAGGCUCCAGAAACUCGAGAGCGAGUUCGGCUCCACGCGCAGCUACCUGGAGGUCGAGCUGCGGCGCGCGCAGGAGGAGCUCGAGAAGGUCACUUUGAAGCUGCGCAGGUCAGGGAUUCAAAGCAACUACAUGUCGCUGCAGCGGAUCAACCGGGAGCUGGAGCAGAAGCUGUACCGCAUGGGCAAGCACUACGACGAGGAGAAGCGAGCUCUGAGCCACGAGAUCGUCGCUCUCAACAACCACCUGCUGGAGGCCAAGAUGACCAUCGACAAGCUGGCCGAGGACAACGAGCUCUAUAGGAAGGACUGCAAUCUAGCGGCCCAGCUGCUGCAGUGCAGCCAGACCUACGGCAGGGUCCAUAAGGUGUCCGAGCUGCCCGCGGAAUUCCAGGAGCGCUUGAGCCUGCACCUGGAGAAGCACGGCUGCAGCAUGCCGUCCUCGCACUGCCGCCCCGGCAGCGUGCCGCUCUGCGUCAUUGCCAAGGUGCUGGAGAAGCCGGAGCCCAGCAGCCUGUCCUCCCCCCUGUCGAUGUCGGUCUCGGUGUCGGAUGCCUCCACCCGAGACCUGGCCUUCCGCGAGGGGAUGCCCAAGUCGAGCCUGCUGCCCCCCUACAAGGAGGAUGCCUACUGCAGCGACUCGGCCCUCUUCUGCCCCGAGAGCCGCGACCGCGACCGGCGGCCCAGCGUGGACGCGGUCGCCAGCGACAUGAGCUUCCUGCAGACCCAGAAUUCCACCGACAGCGCCUGCGGGGAGGAGGAGGCCGGGGCGGCGGCCUACCCCGAGGCCUACCCCGAGGAGGAGUUCCGGCGCGAGGCCUUCCCCAGCUACACGGCCUCGCUGCCCACGUCCAGCUCCUACUCGAGCUUCAGCGCCACGUCGGAGGAGAGGGAGCACGGCGAGGCCAGCACCAUGACCGCCUCGCAGCGGGCCGUCUACCUGGAUGGCCGCGAGCAGCUCUUCCAGCGCCAGCCGGCCCCCACCUACCAGAGCAGCCGGCCCUAUGCCAAGGCCUCGGGGGCCCUGCUGGAAGCCCCGGUGCCCCCUGAGUUCGAGCUUGAGACGACCUUCCCCUCCUACCAGGCUGAGCCCUUCAGCCUCCAGGCCGUCCCCAAGACCCUGGUGUCUCCCAACCUGUGGAGCCUGCGGGCCAAGUCCCCGUCGUCCCGCAUGCCCCGGGGGGAGGCGCGCAGCCCGCGCGAGCAGUGGCGCCCCGUGCACGUGGAGGAGAUGGGGGCCCACGCCUUCCCGGUCCCCUCGCGGCGCCUCUCGCCCCGCAGCUUCUCCCAGCGCCACUACGCCAGCGUGGCGCAUGGCCGCGCCAGCCCCCUGUACGCCAGCUACAAGGCCGACAACUUCUCGGAGGACGACGACUUCUCCCAGGGCCACCUGGCCGAAUCCUGCUUCCUCGGGGCGUGCGGCUCUGCCAAGCCGAUGCCCAGCUACGCCGCCAGCGAAGAUGAUGGCGACAGGCCCCAGGGCCAGCUGUGCGGGGUGGCCAGCCCCGAGCCCGACAGCCUCUUCGGCUCCAGAGAUUCCUUCGAGCCCAGCUCCAUGGAGGGCUCCCCUGAAAUGCAUCCCGCGGCCCGCCGGAACCCCCAGGCAGCCUUCUCCCGGAGCCGGAGCUCCGGCCUCAGCCGCAAGGAUAGCCUCACCAAAGCCCAGCUCUACGGAACCCUGCUCAACUAAACGCCUGCCCGCAGGCCAAGGCCACGGCCAGGGGCACCCGCCGCCCACUGUGCAAUCUAGGGCGCUGCCCCACCUAUCUGGACACUUACCCCCCGGGCACUGCCCACAAUGACUCCUCUCCCUCUUACUGACCCCUCUCUGCCUCGAACUGACCCCUCUCCCUCGUACUGACCCCUCUCUGCCUCGAACUGACCCCUCUCCCUCUUACUGACCCCUCUCUGCCUCGAACUGACCCCUCUCCCUCGUACUGACCCCUCUCUGCCUCGAACUGACCCCUCUCCCUCGUACUGACCCCUCUCCCUCGUACUGACCCCUCUCCCUCUUACUGACCCCUCUGCCUCGUAGUGACUUCUCUGACUUGUAGCGUCUCUCUCCCCCUUGUAGUGGACCCUCUCCCA